AAAAUCCAAAAUCUCAUCAGUAACCUAUUUUAGCCUUACUCAAAAUUCAACUUAUAAAUAUAUUAAUCGAUCUAAUAAUAACAAUAACAGUGUUUUUGAUAUUAAUUAAUAAAAAAUUAAUUUUUGGAGUAAAGCUUUGUCGGUGGCGAUAUCUAAUUAAACACUAAUCUAAUUAAAUUAAAUUAGGGUUAGGGUUUUGAUUUUUAUUUAUUUUUUUCAUUUUUGAUAAAAAUUAAGAGAAUUGGAUGAGUGAAUAUUAUCUAGACAUUUCUGAGGAUUUUAGUUUGCUUAUUCGUAGUCGCGGUAGGUGGGGCAAAUGUGGAUAAUUUUUUUAAAAUUUUAAUUUCUUGAUAUUUAAAGAAAUUAACUUUUUUUUUUUCUUUUUUGGGUUCUAUUUUUGAUUUGUGAGUUUUUCUUAAAUUCAUUUCUAAAUUUGAUUUUGUAAAAAGACAAAGUAAAGAUGCAGCAGCAAGAUCGGCGAAGAAAGAGUCCAAAAGACAUUGAAUUCUUUACCGAGUAUGGCGAAUCAAACCGAUACAAGAUCAUUGAAAUAAUUGGGAAAGGAAGUUAUGGAGUUGUUUGUGCAGCCGUUGAUACACAAACAGGAGAGAAGGUUGCAAUAAAGAAAAUUACCAACAUUUUUGAACAUUCAUCUGAUGCUAUUCGAAUUUUGCGUGAGAUUAAAUUGCUUAGGCUUCUACGCCAUCCUGAUAUUGUUGAAAUUAAGCGUAUCAUGAUGCCACCAUCAAGACGGGACUUCAAAGAUAUUUAUGUGGUAUUUGAACUCAUGGAGUCUGAUCUUCACCAAGUCAUAAAGGCCAAUGAUGACUUGACACAUGAGCACCAUCGGUUUUUCUUAUAUCAAAUGCUACGAGCUUUGAAAUAUAUGCAUACAGCAAAUGUGUAUCAUCGGGAUCUGAAACCAAAGAAUAUAUUGGCAAAUGCAAAUUGCAAACUCAAGAUAUGCGAUUUUGGGUUAGCAAGAGCUGCAUUUACGGAUACCCCAACAACAAUAUUUUGGACGGAUUAUGUUGCAACAAGAUGGUAUAGGGCUCCUGAGCUAUGCGGAUCUUUUUAUUCAAAGUAUACACCUGCUGUUGAUAUUUGGGGCAUUGGAUGUAUAUUUGCAGAAGUAUUGACCGGAAAGCCACUCUUUCCUGGCAAAAGUGUAGUUCAUCAGUUGGAACUUAUCACCGAUCUUCUUGGGACACCGUCACCAGAUACCAUUUCUAGAGUUCGUAAUGACAAGGCAAGAAAAUACUUGACCGAUAUGCGUAGAAAGAAACCUGUGACGUUUUCUGAGAAGUUUGUAAAUGUUGAUCCGUUGGCAUUACGGCUAUUGCAAAGGCUGUUAGCGUUCGAUCCAAAGGAUCGACCUACUGCAGAGCAAGCACUGGCUGAUCCUUACUUCAAGGGACUUUCGAAGGUCGAGAGGGAGCCUUCAUGCCAGUCAUUCUCAAAGUUGGAGUUUGAGUUUGAAAGGCGAAGAGUAACAAAGGAGGACAUUAGAGAAUUGAUAUUCCGAGAGAUUCUUGAAUACCACCCUCAGUUGCUUAAAGAUUAUAUGGCUGGGAACGAUCGCACAAACUUUCUUUAUCCCAGUGCCGUUGGUCAAUUUAGGAGGCAGUUUGCAUAUUUAGAGGAAAAUGUUGGGAAAAGUGGACCUGUUAUACCUCCUGAGAGGAAGCAUGUUUCCGUCCCUAGGUCUACAAUUUCUUCAAGUAUGACUGCUCCCAAGCUGCAGCAAUGUUUGGCUGCAUUUGAGAACAGACCAAUGGUGGAGAGCGUGUCGAAUGGUGGUGGUAGGGUUGCAGAUGCAACUGGAAACAUUUUUCAUGCCGCUGCUAGACCACCCCCUAGGAUGCCCAAAGGAAGAGUAGUGGGUCCGGUUCUUCCCUUGGAAGGUAGCAGAGACAUGAAAGAUGAGUAUGAUCCACGGGUAGUGGUUAGAAACACAGUCGGUCUUUCGCCACAUUAUGCAUAUAGGGGCAACAGUGGGAAUCAAGGGAAGAUUAAUGGGACAGAAGGCGAUAGGGAUUCAUCUUCUUUGGUUAAACAGCAGCCAACAGCAGGGAAGUUGUCACCAGGGCUGGUCAACAGUAACCCGUAUUACAACCAACCACAUGGUCAACAGCCAAUUGAUGCCAAGUUCAUGCAGCCCCAAUCUCAAUUUGGUGUGGCAGGAGCAGCAGCAGUUGCUGUUGCUUCUCAUAGAGAAGUUGGUGUUGUUCAUAUGGGAUUAUCAUAGAGGUGAUCGUUUGCGGCUCUUCCACUUUCUUGAUUUUUCUUACAUUUUAGUUUAAAGUGUUGUUUUAGUUGCUGUAUAUUGUACUUGUUUUUUAGCUUUGAAAUAAGCAAAUACUGAAAUAAAUUGUUUGUAUCAACGCAUGGAAUGGAGUGAUCUACUGUUGGCUAAAAAAGUCUAUCUUUAAAACCA